AUGACGACGCAGACUCUCCCCGCCAACGCCGGCGGCGCCUACGACUACAUCAUCGUCGGCGGUGGCACGGCCGGCUGCGUCCUGGCCUCGCGGCUGUCGUCGUAUCUCCCGGAGCGUCGCGUCUUGCUCAUCGAGGCCGGUCCCUCCGACUUCAAGCUCAACAACGUCCUCGACCUGCGCCAAUGGCUCUCCCUCCUCGGCGGCGAGCUCGACUACGACUACGGCACCACGGAGCAGCCCAUGGGCAACAGCCACAUCCGCCACUCGCGCGCAAAGGUCCUCGGCGGCUGCUCCUCCCACAACACCCUCAUCUCCUUCCGUCCUUUCCGCCACGACCUCGACCGCUGGGUCGAGCAGGGCUGCAGCGGCUGGGACUUUGACACGGUCAUGCGCCUCAUUGACCGCCUGCGCAACACGGUCCAGCCCGUCCACGCCCGCCACCGCAACCAGUUGUGCAAGGACUGGGUCCAGGCCUGCUCCAGCGCCCUCGACAUCCCCAUCAUCCCCGACUUCAACGCCGAGAUCCGCGACAAGGGCCAGCUGACCGACGGCGCCGGCUUCUUCUCCAUCUCGUACAACCCCGACAACGGCCGCCGCAGCAGCGCCUCGGUCGCCUACAUCCACCCCAUCCUGCGCGGCGAGGAGCGACGGCCCAACCUGACCAUCCUGACCGAGGCCCACGUCUCGCGCGUCCUCGUCGACGGCAACGUCGCCUCCGGCAUCGCCCUCACCCUCGCCUCGGGCCAGCGCAUGACGCUCCGGCCCCGCAAGGAGACCAUCCUCUGCGCCGGCGCCGUCGACACGCCUCGCCUCAUGCUGCACUCGGGCCUUGGGCCCCGCGCCCAGCUCGAGGACCUCGGCAUCCCCGUCGUCAAGGACCUGCCGGGCGUGGGCGAGAACCUCAUUGACCACCCCGAGACCAUCAUCAUGUGGGAGCUCAACAAGCCCGUCCCCGCCAACCAGACCACCAUGGACUCGGACGCCGGCAUCUUCCUCCGCCGCGAGCGCACCAACGCCGCCGGCAACGACGGCGAUGCCGCCGACAUCAUGAUGCACUGCUACCAAAUCCCCUUUUGCCUCAACACGCAGCGCCUCGGCUACCCCGUCGUCCGCGACGGCUAUGCCUUUUGCAUGACGCCCAACAUCCCCCGCGCCCGCUCCCGCGGCCGCAUCUACCUGACGUCGGCGGACCCGGCCGUCAAGCCGGCCCUCGACUUCCGCUACUUUACCGACCCCGAGGGCUACGACGCGGCGACGCUCGUGGCCGGCAUCAGGGCGGCCCGCAAGAUUGCGCAGCAGAGCCCGUUCAAGGGCUGGCUCGAGCGCGAGGUGGCGCCGGGUCCCGAAGUGCAGAGCGACGAGGCCAUCAGCGAAUACGCCCGCCGCGCGGCGCACACCGUCUACCACCCGGCCGGCACCACCAAGAUGGGCGACGUGUCGCGCGACGAGUACGCCGUGGUGGACCCCGAGCUCAAGGUCCGGGGUAUCGGCAAGCUGCGCAUCGCCGAUGCCGGCGUCUUCCCGGAGAUGCCGUCCAUCAACCCCAUGCUGACGGUACUGGCGGUGGGCGAGCGCGCGGCCGAGCUGAUUGCCAUGGAAGACGGAUGGAAGCCCGACGCCAAGACGUCGAGGCUGUAG